AGGACCCGGGGAGGGAGGCGGCGGCGCGAGAGGAGGAGGGGCGCAGCCGACCGCAGAUCCACUAGCUCGGCCCGACGCACUCCUCUCCAGAUACUCCGGGAGCUCUAGCCGCGCGGACUGCGCGCCCCCGCUGCUCUGUCCCCAAACUUCGGCUGCAGCUAGAUUCCAAGUCAUCUAAUUUAUUCCGCAAAAUCAGAAACUGAACUGCGACUCGGGGAAGGAGUCCGCGGAGGGGUAAACCAGCGGAGCAAGAGGAGCUCUAGAGAACAGCCUCCCCGAGCAACAGCUCGGCGUCGGGAGUGCAAAACCAACAAGUGAGAAGGCGCCGCGGUCCCGGAGCGCAGCCGCGAGCGCCCGGAGCACGCGCAGGAGGAGCGAGCGAGGCCCCCGAGCCCGGAGCGCGAGCCCCGGCCCGGCCCCCGAGUAUCCGAGCCCGAGCCGCGGUCGCUGCAGCGGCUGUGCUCCGGGUCUUUCUGCGCGGGCUUCGCCGGGCGCUGGGCGGGAGGCUCGUAUCGCCCUCGUUGCAAACGGCGGCUGGGAGCAGCCGGACCCGGGGAAUAUGCGGCGCGUUUGGUUCCUGCUCAUCUUGGGCUUGGUGGCCUGCGUGUCGGCGGAGUCGAGAGCAGAGCUGACGUCUGAUAAAGACAUGUACCUUGACAACAGCUCCAUUGAAGAGGCUUCGGGAGUGUAUCCCAUUGAUGACGAUGACUAUGCUUCUGCAUCAGGUUCUGGAGCCGAUGAGAAUAUAGAGAGUCCAGAGCUGACAACAUCUCGACCGCUUCCAAAGAUCCCAUUCACUAGCGCUGCUCCAAAAGUGGAAACCGCAACGCUGAACACGCAGAACAAGGUACCUGCUCAGACGAAGUCACCUGAAGAAAUUGAUAAGGAAAAAGUUCACCUCGCUGACUCAGAAAGGAAAAUGGACCCAGCUGAAGAGGAUACAAAUGUAUAUACUGAAAAGCACUCAGACAAUCUGUUUAAACGAACAGAAGUCCUGGCAGCCGUCAUUGCUGGUGGAGUUAUCGGAUUUCUCUUUGCAAUUUUCCUUAUUCUGCUCUUGGUGUAUCGCAUGAGAAAGAAGGAUGAAGGAAGUUAUGACCUCGGAGAACGCAAACCAUCCAGUGCUGCUUACCAGAAAGCACCUACUAAGGAGUUUUAUGCGUGAAACUUCCACUUAGUGUCUCUAUUUAUGAGAUCACUGAACUUUAAAAAAUAAAGCUUUUGCAUAGAUUAAUGAAGAUCUUUGGUUUUUGUUGUUCUUUUUUUUUUUCAUUGAAGAGCCAUUUUGGCACUUUAAUGAUAAAAUCCCAUUGUAUUUAAAACUUUUCAUGUAUUUCUUUAGAACAACAUAAAAUUAAAACUUAACAUCUGCAGUGUUCUGUGAAUAGCAGUGGCAAAAUAUUAUGUUACAAAAACUGUCGAUGUUCAUGGAAUUGGGUUAAACAUUUAUGCACAAAUACAAAAUGAUUGUUUUUAUCCUAUGGUUCGAAGAUGAAAGCUGUUUAAUUUGUGUCAGCAUGUCUCAGAUUGACUUUACCAAGUUGGUCUUACUUUGUUAAUUUAUCUGUUGUUUCCCCCUCCUCUACUCUCCCUCCUUGUCCCAUUUAAUACAAAACACAAAACUCUGCCUUUGUAGCUGUUACUGUGCAAUUUGUCUUCAGAUAAUUCAGAUAUUGGUAGUUCAGUGCAGAUGUGAUUUUCAAAUAUGUAAACUUUAACCUCCACUUUGUAUAAAUUUUUAAGUGUCAAAACUAUCCGUUUCACAAGUGCUUUGGUUUUCAUUACCUGUAGCUUCAGGCAGAUUUGCCACAGCAAAUUAACGUGUAAAAUUGGAUUAUUACCACCAAACUGUUUAGUCAUAUAUGUCUCAUCAGAUCUUCUUUUGGGAGGAUUUGAUGUGAGUUACUGAUAAGCCUCAGCAAACCCAAAGAUGCUAACAGUAUUUUGAGAAGUUGCUGCAGAUUCCUUUGGCCACUGUAUUUGUUAAUUUCUUGCAAUUCGAAGGUACGAGUAGGGGUUUAAGGAAAAGUCAGUUUUUGUUCUUAAAAAUGCAUUUAAGUUGUAAACGUCUUUUUAAGCCUUUGAAGUGCCUAUGAUUCUAUGUAACUUGUUGCAGACUGGUGUUAAUGAGUAUAUAUAACAGUUAAAAAAAAGUUGGUAUUUUAUAAGCACAGACAAUUCUAAUGGUAACUUUUGUAGUCUUAUGAAUAGACAUAAAUUGUAAUUUGGGAACAUAAAAACUACUGAAUAAAUCAUGUGGCCUAA